AACCAACAACAACGUCAUCAGUUCAGUGCUAGCGCGUAAAUACUUUGCAACUUUCACAAAAAUUGUAAUUUUUUGCUAAAAUUUAGUGAUAAAGUAAUUUAAUUGUAUGCUUCGUUAACCUAUUCGUCGUGUCGUGUGGUUGUAGAAAAGAAAACAAAAAAAAUAAAAUAAAAUAAACUAGCCUUCCUUCCUCGGGAAAUGUUAGCACAGGCCAAACACUUGGCUUCGGCUGCUAUACUUGCUAACACUCUGAAUCAAUAAAAACGCACAGCUUGCGUGAUAACAAAACCGUAACGUGAUAAUGAGGCGCUGAUAUUCACCGAACCAAAAAGAAAAAAAAAAGACAUCGCAUAUCAGCCAGACAGCAAGAAAACCACCGGACCGAAUUUCAAUCAUUUUGCUUUUGCCUUCUCGCGUCGUUGUCCGUCGGUCGUCGUCAAGAUGCAGAUUCAUACCGUGAGCAGUUCGUCGUCCAUCAAUGGUGCGGUCAAAGCAGGAUCAACAUCUUCUCAUCCGGACAGCGAAAUGAAGAAACUGUGCAGGAUCAUUGCCCACAAUAGGAGUUUUAAAGAUGAAGACUUACUGUUGAAUCCAAAGGACCAUCCCGAGCUAAAGCUGAAGGACAUCGUGGAGAUUUAUGAUCCGGACGACGACGGUGUGCGCCUGUUGCUCCAGGUGACUUGUCUUACAGAGGAGUUCAUGAACCGGGAAGCCAUUAGUGUCGAAGCGAACGUUGCACUUGCCUUCAAUCUGAAACCCUACAAAGAUGUGUACCUCCGGAAGGUGGAUCCUGCGGAGGUGGCUUUGGAUUCGGUAGAGAUCACCUUCAAGGAUCAGUAUAUGGGUCGGUCGGAGAUGUGGAGAUUGAAGACGUAUUUAACGAACACAUGCGUCUAUUUGAAUAAGAAGAUUGAAUAUUGCGAGAGUUGCAUCCGGUGUCAGGUUUAUGAGAUGUGGUCGCAGGGCGAUCGGGUGGCAUGUGGAGUCAUCACGGAGGACACGAAGGUGGUGUUUCGAAGUAACACCUCGAUGGUCUAUCUGUUUAUUCAGAUGUCCUCGGAGAUGUGGGACUUUGAUAUCCAUGGUGAUUUGUACUUUGAGAAGGCGGUCAAUGGAUUCUUGGCUGAUCUGUACACAAAGUGGAAAAAGCUUGGCAGCAAUCACGAAGUGACGAUAGUCAUGUUUUCGAGGACAUUCUACGCAGCAAAAAGCCUGGAUGAGUUUCCGCUUCAUAUGAGGGAUUGCUUGCAGAUGGACUAUAAAGGUCGAUACUACGAAGAUUUCUAUCGUGUAGCGAUUCAGAAUGAGCGUUGCGAUGACUGGAGUUCAACAUUGGUGCAGUUGAGGCGAUUGUUUACGGGUUACAGAGACGUCGUAUUGAAGUAUCAUGAUCGUCCCGAUGUAGACAUCAAAGUUCCUUCGGCAACCAAUUCUACGGCUGCACAAGGAAAUUUCUUGGAAGUUCUCAACAUUUCGCUCAAUGUUUUCGAGAAGCAUUACUUGGACCGAAGUUUUGAUCGUACGGGACAGCUUUCGGUUGUGAUCACGCCCGGAGUUGGUGUUUUUGAAGUAGAUCGAGAACUUACAAACAUCACGAAACAACGAAUCAUAGACAACGGAGUCGGAAGCGAUUUGGUUUGCGUUGGAGAACAACCUUUGCAUGCUGUGCCGCUACUGAAAUUUCACAACAAGGAUUCCCUGACGUCGAUCGAUGAUUACUCGAUGCCCCAUUGGAUUAAUCUCAGUUUCUAUUCGACAAAUAAAACAGGAGGGUAUGCUUCGUUCAUUCCCAGAAUAAAGCCUCCUCCGGUAAUUUCCGAAUCGACUCUUCGUGAAAAUCCGGAUGCGUUUCAGUUGCGGUUACCGAAGAAAGAGAGUAAAAACGAAUAUAUCCACAACUGUUUGUUCGACUACGAUGCCUACGAUGACCAAAUAUUUCAGCUGCCUUCAGUGCAAGGAACAUGCUCCUUGCAGCGAGUCGCACGAACUAAGAAAACAUCCGUUCCCAGUCUGGAUAACUUCGGAACUUACGGAAACAACCGCGAAUGGGAGAACAUUCUGUUCCCUUCUGAGUUGCGACGCAAAAUGUCCGAUCCGGACAUCCACCACAAUACUACCAACAUGCUGAAUCUGAGUCUCGCAUCGCAUAAUAGCUCGCCUAGUGCAACGGAUAAACUCGGCGAAAAGUGCAUCAAUCGAAGCUUUGGCUCUACCAGCGGUCCAGUGGUUAGAACGGGAAGAGCGUUGAUUAACCCAUUCGAUCCGUCCCAUGUCACAAUCAAGCUGACGUCCAACAGAAGGCGGUGGACGCACAUCUUUCCAAAGGGUCCGCAAGGAGUGCUCAUACAACAGCAUCACUAUCAGGCUGUGCCGACUGCAACAUCGACCACCAGUUAUACUGCGUUCGACUUGGACACGAGCAGCGAGUAUGCGCAUACAUCCACGUGUACGUGGGGCGGUCGCGGACGGCAUGGAAGCAAUGCCUCGUUCGAUAGUCGCCUGAACGACGAAGACUUGAAGUGGAUUUCGGAGAACAAAGGAAAUCGUCGCAAGUCUGGCUUACACUCAGCUGCUGGUCCAACUGUGACGGUGACUCCAUCCAAAAGCCUUACUUUACUGUGGGGUGUAACUGGCGAGCAAGAGUGGACUCCAUCUCUCACCACAGCCGGACGAGUGAUCAUAGGUGUCGAUUGGAAAUCAUUAACCAUUCCGGCAUGUUUACCAAUUACGACCGAUUAUUUUCCGGACAAACGGUCGCUUCACAACGACUACGUUGUUUCGGAUUAUACUCUUCUGCCGGAUGAUGUGAACGCGGAAUUCGCGCAGAACCGUGCCAUUUACAAGAAACCAUUAUCGACCGAAGAAGUUUUCCGAGAAUUGGUAUCGCAACGGUUAGCACAGGGCUUCCAACUGAUUGUGCUACCAGAGAAAACAUCGACAAAUCCACAGCAAGCCCCUUGUUGUGGCGGUCAGCUGCAGCCGUCAUUCCAGUCGAGUGUACUCAGAAUUCGGGCACCGCAAGAGCCAUCCCAGGAGUAUCUGUUAUCCAUUGGUAGAAUUUUUCAUAAGAUAUCACUGAGUGGAUCGAUUAUAACCGUUACCAGAUAUCGGCCAAGACAUCCUUACCCACCGAUCAAUGUUGACUACCGGUAUCGCUUCCAUGCUCCCCAGCACGAUACCUACGAGGUGUCAGGAGUUAAUUUCACCACCGAAAAGUUGGAAAACUUUAACUGGAACUACAUGGAUCAAUACAUUUGCACACGUGGUGAUACUGAUUUCCAAUUGCUUGAGAGUAUGAAAUAUUGGCGUUAUCGAAUGUAUCUCCUUCCAAAAGAGGAUCCAGCCAUGAAGAAAAUUAUGGAAGGAACAGCCAAACGAUGUGAUAUCUACACAGAAAACAAGCCAAUUCCAUCAGACAAACAUAUCUGCAACGAGUUCAUCAAAUUUGUGGAGUUACAUUUGAACAAAAUCAAAAAGGUUCCCUGUAAAAAACCUAGGGGCCCGCCAUCCCACCUGACCAAAAGACGACACAGCACCAGCAUAAUCUCCCGACCACCACCUAAUCAGCACGGCAUUGUGAAUAAAAUGUUUUAUAUUGGUAUUGGAAAUGGUAGUGCUAAUUGCUUGCAUAACGAUCGCAAUAUUAUCAGUAAUGGUAACAGCAUGCUCACUCGCUCGGGAUCGAAAGUGCUGGACAAAGCAAACAUCCAGGCUGCAGCUAGUCAGCUCAGUUCCACGGGUGGAAAGCACACCAUGGACGGUAUACCGCUUUCAACGCUCAAUUCAGCGGCAGAACAAGGACUCCCGGAGGAUAGCGAUGACUUCUGUAUAGAAAGUAGCAAACAGUUAAAACCGACCGCCACGCUUCAGGAAAUUUUUGAUGCUUUCAAAAAUCCCCUUCAUGGUGUGGGGUUCCUGGGACCGGCACAAAGCAUGCCAUCCUGUACGUUUGUCUCGUACGAUGCCAUAACGUGGUUGCAGGAGCACAUCGAGGGACCAUGCAAUCCGAUUGAGAUUUUGGAAGAUAUGCGAAGGAAUCGGAUGAUCUGCCAUGCAUCAGGAGAGUACUCCAAACCAGUCAUUCCAGGCUUCUACCUUUACUACAUCAUGCAGCAGAACAAAGAAUCUAGAGAUUAUCUGCCACCACUAGGAGAUUUGGAGGCCUUUGAAAACGAGUGGAUGGAGGUGGAAGUGCAACAUCCCGAUUUGCAGAAACCAAUUGACCCGAUCGAUGUCGGUGUCCCACCGUUUCUUCGCGAAACAAUAGAUUUCAAUGAGGAGUUCGUUGAUCAACCGCUUUACAAACAGACUCACCUGGAUAUCGACGUGAACAAUAAGUCUGACCGGAUAGAAUGGGGCCAUGCUCGGUAUCAUCAGAAAAUGAUUCCCGGGCAUGCAUUUGAAAUCGUUGUUCAGUGGAUCACUGCAUCGGGACCGAUAGUAAGCGAUUUGAUUCAGAUAUGGUCUCGGCGAGCUCAGGGAUUCCAGUUGGUUUCUAUACCAGCAGAUCCACUGGCGGAACCUUUCACCGAAAAGAGCGAUCCAUUGCGAGGUCCUAUUUUCAUUCCAUUGGAUAUAGAAUGCUUGAAGCAAAAGCGUACUUUUCUGUUUGAAGAGUUCAAAAAAGACACGUGGCCAAAACGAUUGCUAUUGUUCCAGGAAGCUAUCGUAGCCAGGUUUGGGUUUAUGCGAUGUGCCGUUGAGACAAAGACUGGGUCCAAUCAGGUGUCGUUAGAUUAUCAAUAUGUUCAUUGCACGGGGAAUAUGUUCAUCCUAGUUCCCAACUCGAACCAAGGAUUAAAAUCUCGCCAGAGGUUGGCCUCCGGCGGAAGCACAAUGAAAAAACCCACCAACUUUAUCAACCGUUAUUCGGCUUCGUACGAAUCGCAGAUGCAGCAUAACAUCUCAUUCGCGGCCCACGAAGCGUACAUCACUCGGCACGUGACGGGCAGUAAGACCAAAGACGACUGCGAUGCCAUCCGGAGGACGGGUUUUCUGUGGUCUUGGAAUCAUAUGAUACCGAACAAAAAGUGGAAAUCGCUGGCGAUUACCCACUCGGAGGAAUUGUUCCAGCUGCGAAUGUUGCGCGAUUUCAAAGACUUCUGCUCGAACAAGGAACAAAGACUGGUGCACUUUUGGGACGAAUGCUGGGCGGCCAAGGAGAAGUCCUCGAUGGCGCGGAACUGAACCCCGGACGGAUGGUGAUAUAUGUAAGUAAAAUUGUUUUGUUUGUUUGUUUUUCUGUCGAAAGUUUAUUUACCUGAUUACGAAAAAAAAGUCUGUACAAUCUACAGUUCAAAGUGCCGUUAUCGCGUUGUUCCGUUUGUUGUAUGUAGUUGCAUUUUCUUACGAAAAAAAAAUAAAAUAUAAAGCUAAAAGUCGUUUUGUCUACACAGCUACUAAAUUCGGAAGUUCGUUUCUUGCUACGAAAGAAAAUUCCUUGUUCUAAGUUAAAGCGUUCACACAUUUAUUAAAUAAAUUGCUUUCGUAGAUAAUUUAAAGUAAGUGUAAUGUUGCAGUAAUCAUAAGUAGAAGCUUGUCUUAAAUAAAUGACACAUCGACAAUCUAAUGUGGCAUGAUUUAGUAGACGUUUGUGAUCGAUCACAUCCUUUGAAUAAUUUUGAACUUUGGUAUCACAAAGAUGUAAAUUUUAAAUUUGAUCACAAUCCGAUUCGAUGUAUUUUGUUAGGUGUUAGGUGUCGUUGCAUGUUUUUCAUACAGAAAAGAAACGGAAGAAUAUCAAACAUUGAGUUGACAGUUACUGUGCUGCUUUAUAAAAAACAUUAAACAUUUGGUAGGCCACAUUACAUGAAUCAUGGAUUCACAAAGCUUAACGCUCCUUGAAUUCUUUUGAGGACAUCUUUUUCUUGGCGUAACGAAAGCUUAGAGCUUUCUCUGUCAAUAACUAUUUUGCAUUCGUAUAUCGUGCGGCAAGAAAGUACUCUAUUUAAGAGGAAGUUAAGGAAAUAUCCAUAACGAAAAUUUCCUGGACCUACCGGAAUUUGAACCCGCCAACCACAGCUUAGUCUUGCUAAAUACUCGUGGGUUUACCACCGCGGCAGGUGCAUCGAUUCGUAGGGUAUCCCCAAAUUCGUGGUGGGACAACAAGCGUACAGAAAUUCAUCGCGAGAAAUCCGCUGUGUUUAAAGAGUUUCUGAAACGCAGUUCGGUCGACAACUACGAGCGGUAUGCUUCCCUUGAACAUAAGUUUAUAAACUUGGUCAAGGUGAAGAAAAGCGGUUACUGGCGUCACUUUGACGAGAGUUUGUCGCACGAGACUUCAAUGAGAAAUCUUGAGAACGUCGGGAGAAGAAUACGCAACGUAGCGUCGGUUAACGAGAGGAUCUCAAAAGUUCUCAUUGGUGGAUUCUCAAGUUCGCAAACAAAGUUUGUCCAGAUUCCGAAUCCGUGGAGCGCAUAAUUUUUGAUGUUUCGGAGAAUAGGGACGAUAAGGAUAGGCCAUUUCCGAUAAUGGAUUUCUUACUUGUUCUCCUUCCAUGUAGCAGUUCUGUUCCAGGAAUGGAUCGAAUCAAGCUCAAUUUGCUAAAAAGCCUCUCUAACGUCGCGAAAAAGCGCUUAAUUAAUUCCUGGAUAAUAAUAUUGUUUCCUAUGAGUCCCAAGAAACAGAAGUUGCUCAACAACAGUUUCUAAAGCUGAAGUUUGCUUAAGAGUGAUUUGUUCAACUCUUAUACAGCAAAAAUGUUUGUAGAGGUGAAGGUGAUAGCUAUGCAGAAACCUGGGAAAUCCGUUUCGGUUAAGAAUUCUUACCAGUCAACCGCAAUGUUGUCUUGCCUACGGAAGUUGUUGGAUAGGAUUGUUCUCUUUCGACUGGAUAAAUGGGUUGAAUCGAGUGGCAUGUUGUCUGAUACAUAGUUUGGUUUCCACAGCCUUUGAGUAAAAAUAGUAGCAAAUGGGUUCAGUAGUUUUGGAUGUUGGGAAGCUUUUGUUUCAGUUUGUGUCGAUGUUCUUUCCGACAAACUAGGGUACAAGUGCCAUAACUAAUCUCACGCUCCCAUAUUCAUCCUAUCCGAAAACAAGCGAUUACGGCACCGAUUGAUUUC